UUAAACCCAGACACGACCACCGCAAUUGAGAAAGCGAGAGCGAUGCACUGCUUCAAGCUCCUCCCCCUCCUCCCUCCACCUCCGCCCCUCCACCGCCGUCCAUUCCACCUCAGUCGUACCUGCACCCUUCUCACCUAUCCCCUUCCCCUCUUCCCCUUCCCCCGCCUCCUCCCUCUUUCACGCUCCUCCGCCUCCCCAUAUGCAGCCGAUGAGGUCCCCGUAGGCGACGACGAUGAAUCCUUCCUCAACUCCUUCCGUUCCCGUGAGAAGGAGAGCGAGGAGGAAGCCCGCCGCCGCAACUGGAUCGAGCGCGACUGGGCCCCGUGGGAGGAGAUCCUAACCCCGGAGGCCGACUUCGCCCGCAAGAGUCUCAACGAGGGGGAGGAGGUCCCCCUCCAGUCGCCAGAGGCUAUCGAGGCGUUCCGGAUGCUGACUCCUUCCUACCGACGCAAGAAGAUCGAGGAGAGCGGCCUCUCGGAGGAGGAGUUCGUCACUCGGCAGUUCGGUUACAAGGGGGAGAUCCCAGAUCCGAUCGAGACGCUCUGGGCGGAUCCUCUCGUCGUGCGAAUGAUGCCUCCGAGGGACUGGCCGCCACCGGGCUGGGAGGUAGACCCCGAGGAGCUGGAGUUUAUCAGGGAGGCACACAAGUUACAGGCGGAGAGAGUAGAUUUGGAGGCGGAAGUCAGGACCGACACGGACCAGAUGUGCCUUGAGAGGUACACGGUCUUCCUGAAGCAGUACAAGGAGUGGGUGGCUGCCAAUCGAGACCGGCUGGAACAGGAGUCUUACAAGUAUGACCAAGAUUAUUAUCCUGGUAGGAGAAAAAGGGGCGAAAAAUACAAAGAUGAUAUGCUUGAACUUCCAUUUAUAUAUGCAGGACAGAUAUGUCGAGGUAAAGUUGUCACUCUACACCUUCACCAGGGAGCCUUUGUUGACAUAGGAUGUGUCCAUGACGGGUGGGUUCCUAUAAAAGGAAAUGAUUGGUAUUGGAUUCGCCAUCAUAUCAAAGUUGGUAUGCAUGUCUUUGUGGAAGUUUUGGCUAAAAGAGAUCCAUAUCGUUUCCGAUUCCCUAUUGAAUUGCGCUUUGUAAAUCCUAACAUAGAUCACCUUAUAUUUAAGAGAUUUGACUAUCCACCAAUAUUCCACAGAGAGGGGGAUACAAAUCCUGAACAAUUAUGGCAUGAAAUUGGAAGACCACCUAUUCCUAGGAAAAGGCCUUCAGUCAAACCAGAACAUCAAUCAUUGUUAUCAGAUCACCCAUAUGUUGAUAAGUUAUGGCAGCUGCAUAAUUGUGAGCAAAUGAUUCUGGAUCAUGAAGAGGAAAAUCCUGAUAAAUUUAAGGACAAGACUUAUGAGUCGACUGUCCCUGAUGUGCCAUUCGACGAAGAAAACAGUGUUCAAUAUACACAAGCAUACUAUAAGGAAGCUUUACUACCUAAAGUAAUUCUGAAUACAAAUAUCAAAGAACUAGAUCUUGCUGCUGCCCGUGCAGAACGUCAGCUUAACAACAAAUUGAAGAAAGAAGCAGAAGCUAGAGGAGAAGAGUAUGAGUAUUCAAAGAUGAGGAGAAAUGUGGAGAUGGAUGAGUAUGAUCUUAUGCAUUGGCGUAGAUCACUAGAAGAAAGGGAAGCCCUUAUCAGAGAUAUCAGUUGCCGGAAAGCUCUUGGCCUCCCAGUGGAGGAGCCUGGAAGAUACUUAGAUGACAAAAAUAUUUUUGGAGAUCAGUACGACCCGACAAACCCCUUGUAUCGGUAUGACUAUUGGGGGGAACCUAAGAACUCUGAGAAGAGCAAGGAGGAGAGGAUUGUAGAAGAACACAACAAAUCCAUUGUUGGGAGAGGUACUGUUUGGUACGAGAUGUCCUAUGAGGAAGCCAUUGAACAGAGGAUGCGUCGGGAAGCACGUUCCAAGGCUACAGUUAAAAAAGUUGAGGAUGAGGAGUAUGAGGAUGAAGAUGACGACGGUAUAGAUUUCGACUAUAGCAUUUUUGAAGACUCUAGUCAUUCAUUUUCUGCAAACAAGCCUAUUGUAAAUGGUACCGAAUCUCCCAGCAUGUCAGACGAAGGCAUGUUUGAGGACUAAUAACAUAAAAUUUGGUUUUA